CACCUAUAAGCUGGUUUACCAACCGCCAAUAAACACCAAAGAAGAAGAAGAAGCAGCAUCAUGGCGACGGAGGAGAGAAGUCGGAGCGGAGUCUCCGGUAAAACAUCUAAAAAAGAUGGGAAAGGAGUCAAAGAACCGACCGCUGAGGAAGAAGCAAGAAGGAGGGAGGUAGUGAUGGAGAAGUUAAGGGAGAAGUUGGACCUGGAGCAGAUAGCCCUGAAGGUGGUGGAGCGUCUCCUGGAGGACAGUGUGGCUGAAGACUUCCUGGUUGACUGUGCGAGGUUCAUCGUUCCUGCUAAUUACAAAGAUACUGUGGAGGAGAGAUUCAUUGCUAAACUGUGUGGUUAUCCCAUAUGUUCAAAAAAACUGGGCAAGAUCCCAACUCAAAAGUUUAAAAUUUCUACUAAAACCAACAAGGUGUACGACAUCACGGAGCGCAAGUGUUAUUGUAGUAACUUCUGCUACAAAGCUUCCAAAGAGUUUGAGCUACAAAUCUCGAAUACACCUCUUUGGCUCAGGCAGCAUGAGAGUCCUCCAGAAAUUAGAUUAAUGAAGAAAGGAGAUGGCGGGAGUUCUGGCGAGGAGGUGAGGCUGUUGGAGAGGCGUCUCCAAGAGGACGACAUCGAGAACCCGGAGGACCCUCACAGCUCUCAGCAGGGUUCUGCUGCAGCCGGCCUCGGCCACAGUGAAAGCAGCGACACUGAACAGGAGCAGGACUUCAUCUCCAGCGUGGUUUCCCAGCGGCAGGGACCCAGGGUGCACUGGGGCGACCUGCCUAAACGCACAGAUGGAGACACGAAAGGCGAUCGAGGGAAGAUGGAGAGGCGAAAGAAACAGAGGAGAGAUGGAGGUGAAAAGGAGGCUGAGGGUCGUCAAAGUCGGGGCGCAGAGAGCGAGGGGAAAAUGAGAGAAGAUGAGAAUCAACAGGAGUCACUUCCUUGUGAAACAGAAGUUGGAACUGACGCUGAAAAGAGGCUGCACUCAUUCAACACAGACAAACCUAACGGAGAGCAGGCGCCAGAGGAGAAAGGCCUGCCAUGCGAAUCCAGCCUGGAAGAGGUUACAGCUAAGCUGAAUUUGUACAAUUUAUCUGACACAGUCACUGACUCUGCUCCGCCGCCUGUUGACUCAACAGCCACACAAGCAGAACACACACAUCUACUCACUUCUCCACCAUGUGAAGACUCAAACAGCUCGACAGAAAGCAAACUCUCUUCAACCUCGAUCAACACGAAUCAGGACGGCCACGACGCGGCAUCGACUAGCCAGCCGGGCCUCAACAUCACCGAGGUGGGUAUGAGCAAGAGAGGGGCAGCGGGGCUACGAGAUCUACUCAAGAACCACACUGCUGUAGCAAAACCUGACUCCUUUCGGCUGAAUCUCCUCGAGUGCCUGAGAAGAACGUUGAAGGACUGGAGCACCGACGAGACCCUGAAGUUCCUGUACGGCGUCGACCAUUCACUCAGCUCGCCUUUCACUGAUGUUAAAGAAGAAAAAGAGGUGGAGGAGCUGGAUGAAGACGACUUUGAGGAUGAGGUGACCGAUGAGGAUGCAGAAGGGGUCGAUGCCGGGGUGCAGAAGCAACCGUCUGCCGCAGCUCCAGACUACCAGACGCUGCAGCAGGAGACCCAGCAGCUGGACCUGAGAAUCAGGGAGUUUUAUAAGGGGACCUGGAUUCUACCUGAGGAGGUAGAGGAGCCACAGGGAAACAAGGUGACAGUCCAGGACCAGAGCACAAAGGACUCAGCUCUGCCGCUCGUUGACUCUCACGCUCAGCACCUCAUCCAGAAACGAAUUACAGUGGAGAAGCUCACCAGCUGCCUCAGAAACAUCGUCGGUCCUCUGCGUCUCACCAUGAGUGACGUCUCCACUGACCUGAACAACCUGGUCAAGACAUUCAGGUUCACCAACACAAACAUCAUCCACAAAACUCCAGAGUGGACCCUCUUAGCCGUCGUGCUUCUCCAUCUGUUGUCGGCGGUGUCUCCGGUGGUGCGCGAAGCCUUGGAGACGCCGGCAUCAGCCGAGUAUUUGAACUCACUGAUGGAGGAGCUCGGCCUGCAGGAGCUGGACCUUCUGAACUUGGUCCGGCUGUUUAAAACCCCGGCACCCUGACAUACACACACAGCCAGACAUGGACAUAUGAAUAAUAAAUUUACGCUCAGGAUCACUGACUGAAUGAUAUAUAUAUAUCAAUAUAAUGUUUGUUUUCCACAAAUAAAGUUGGUUGUAAUAACUUUUGAAAGAAAA